UAUGUUCCAUGUGUUCCACCUUUUUUGUACUGCCCCAAAUUACAGUAGAGGGGCAGUGGCAUGAAAGAACACAGGAAGAUGUCAGUGGGGCACAGCAUCUCUGAAACCUCUAGGGACUCAGUGACAUUUUAUGCAUGUGGCUCUGAAAAUUGUACCAUGAAAAUGGGGAUGAUUACAUCAGACAGAGAAGAAAACCAUACAGCAGACUUUAAAACUGAAAUGAACACUUGGAUGUAUCUACCUGGACUUACCACACCAUACAAUGACAUUCCCAAGCCAGACCUUAAUGAUCUAACAAAGUUAUUAGGUGUUCAAGUGAUUCUCAUCCUGGCCUACAGUUCCAUUAUCCUUCUGGGGGUUAUGGGCAAUACCCUUGUAAUUUAUGUAGUUAUCAAAUUUAAAACCAUGAGAACUGUAACCAACUUUUUCAUCGUGAACUUGGCUGUGUCAGACUUAAUGGUUAACACACUGUGCCUGCCAUUCACAUUGGUGUAUACUCUUUUGGAUGAAUGGAAGUUUGGAACAGUAUUGUGCCAUUUGGUAACCUAUGCUCAAGGACUGGCAGUUCAGGUAUCCACGGUCACACUUAUGGUUAUUGCAUUGGAUAGGCAUAGGUGUAUUGUCUACCACCUUGAAAGCAAAAUCUCAACAAAAAUUUGCUUUAUGAUCAUAGGUAUUACCUGGGCUUGCAGUGCUGUAUUGGCUAGCCCAUUGGCCAUUUUUAAGGAGUAUUCUCUUAUUGUUAUCUCUUCUGAUUUUCAAAUCCAAGUUUGCUCAGAGAGGUGGCCAACGGGGCAUUUUAAUUACAGUACAGUUUAUAGCAUAUCAAUGUUGCUGAUUCAGUAUAUUUUACCACUAGCUAUAAUUUGCUAUGCUUAUAUACGUAUAUGGACAAAAUUAAAGAAUCACGUCAGUCCAGGUGGAGGAAAUGAUCAUUACCACCAAAGGCGACGCAAGACAACCAAGAUGUUAGUGGCGGUGGUGGUGGUGUUUGCGGUGUGUUGGCUGCCUUUCCAUGCUUUUCAGCUUGCAAGUGACAUUGACAGCAAGGUUUUGGACCUAAAUGAAUACAAAUUUAUAUACACAAUAUUUCAUGUUAUUGCCAUGUGCUCUACCUUUGCCAACCCCUUACUGUAUGGGUGGAUGAACAACAAUUACAGAACUGCAUUUCUUACAGCUUUUAAAUGUGAGCAAAGGAUGGACUCAAUACAUCCCGAAGUCUCUGUAGCUUUUCAAAUGAAGAAAAAACAGUUAGAGGUUAAAGCGAUUAAUGGUACCAGUGACAACUGUCAGGAUACUUGCAUACAGCCUACCAACGUUUAACACUCUGGAGAAUAAACACAGAAUAAACCAGAUAAAUCAGUACAUUGGAAAAGGCACUCAUGUCUUCGGGAUGACUAACAAUUUGCAAUAUCAGAGCGCUAAAAAAACCCAUACCUGCAACAUGAAGAGGAUACAUUAAGUUGAACACAUAAUACAAGCCCUGUGGUUGUAAAGGAUUUCUCUAAAGAUCUCCAGAAAAAAGAAUUAUCGUUUGUAUAGAACUUCGAAUUCCAUUGAAAUAACCACUUUACAUUGGGGAAAAGCCAUCUAAAGGAAACCAAAAUGUUCCACUAAAAAUGGUGUUUUAUUAUAGUACAUGUAAUAUAUGAUAAUAUAAUUGAUUGUAUGUCUGAAUCUGUGUUUCUAUGUGUACUUCUGUGUAUAUAUAUAUAUAUAUAUAUAUAUAUAUAUACACACACAAAUAUCUAAAGAGAUAAAAUAUAUGGACGCUCACAAUGUAUAUGUAUAUGCAUAUAAUUGCACACACACACACACACACAUAUAUAUAUAUAUAUAGCACACACAAAUAUAGUAUUGGUACAAAUCUGUAUAAAUCAUUGCGUUAUUUCUCAUGACAUUGCAUGCAGUGACACAGUAAAGUAUAAGACCUAUAUAUUUGCUUGUUAUUUUUUAUAAUAUGAGAUUAGCUAUUUUAUUGUAUUAUAGUUUACAGAUCUGAACAUUCUUUGCCAUGGUAUUUAUGCUGGUUGAAUUGCUUGUCUGUGUUGCCAAAUUCAGAAUUUUGUAGUGCCAAACCUCAAGUGUGUGUAGUUACAUAAUACUACCUAUGAUAUUAUAGUAAAUAUGCAUCUUGCAAGUUU